CUUAACUUGACCAAUUCUACCUGCUAACAGCAAAUAUACGAAACAGCAUCAAGUGGACGCAAUAGGAGCAAUAUUACCAACCGAUCGUUACGUAUCAAUAAUUUAUAUUCACAUAAACAGCUGUCACAUGACCCUCUCAGUUUGUGUUAGACCACAGAGAGCUCACUGACAGUAACAGAGCAGCAUGGCGAUGAGCGUCGCUGUGUGUCUGUACCUGUGAUCAUGGCUGCCGGCCUGUGGCGAUUCGUCCUGUUCAACCCUGUGGCCAAGUUUAACAAACACACCGGUUUAACACAGGUGAGGAGGUUCGGUCUUCUUCCUCCUCCUCCUCCUCCUCCUCUUCCUCUUCAGUGGAAAACACCUGGCAGCUUGUUACGAGCUGGAAACACACAGACAACUAGCAACACACGUUCUGUGGCGAGGAAAGCAGAGAUGAUCAGUGCUUCUGGUUCCAGGAGUCUGAGUUCAACCUCGAUUCCAGAUGCAAAAUCCAAAGUGAAGAGAGUUUCUAUUGAAGGCAACAUAGCUGUUGGAAAGUCAACUUUUGCCAGACUCCUGCAGUCAGCUGGUCCGGACUGGGAGGUGAUGGCAGAACCCGUCAGCAAGUGGCAGAACAUAGAGAGCGGGACGUCAAAGGGCGCAGACUCGUCCCCCCAGACGACAGUCAGCAACUUGCUGCAGAUGAUGUACCAGGACCCCCAGCGCUGGUCCUACACAUUUCAGACAUAUUCGUGUAUGAGCCGACUGAGGACCCAGCUGCAGCCUCCUCCAGCUCGCCUGCUCAGCUCGGAGGGAACGCCUGUCCAGGUGUACGAGCGCUCAGUCUACAGCGACAGAUACAUCUUUGCCUUGAACAUGUUUGAGUUGGAUUGCAUCAACUCCACAGAAUGGGCCGUUUACCAGGACUGGCACUCCCUGCUGGUGGAGCAGUUUGGACACCAGGUGGAGCUGGAGGGCAUCAUCUACCUCACGGCUCCACCAGAGAAAUGUAUGGAGCGUCUGGCGAGUCGGGGAAGGUCCGAGGAGGAGGGAGUGAAGCUGGACUACCUGGAGAAGCUCCAUGUCCAACAUGAGCGGUGGCUGGUUGAGAAAAGUACUGAAAUACACUUUGAGAAGUUAAAACAGAUACCUGUGUUACGACUCGAUGCCAAUGUGGAGUUUCAGACGGACCCUGAGGUGCAGGAGCAGCUUAUUACAAAGGUGAAGAACUUCUUCAGCUCGUUGUGAGGGAACACUCUCAAGACAACAUCAACAGACCAGCCGUCAGUCAUUUAGUUAGGUGACACAUAAACGCAUACGAGCCAAUCGGAGUGAAGCAAUUUUAUAAUAUUAUGUAAUAAUACUAUUAUAAAACAGACCAUAUAAACCUCCAUCUCUACAUGACACAUGAAACUUUUGUCUGUAUAUGAAUGUCUGUUGUAGAGCCUUUUACUGUUACAUUUUUCAGCUCUUUAUUGUUUAUUUUGUUUGCUUGUUUGUUAGUUAGAGUCUCGAGAACCGUUUUUCUCCUUGACACAAUAAUUCACAUAUUCCUGUGAUUGAAACACAGAUCGGUCAAUUUGUUUUCGAGCCAGUGUAAAUUAUAAACUAAAUCUGUGUGAUCACCACUGGGACCAUAUGGAAAUGCAGUUUACUGAACAUCACAGAUUCUUUUAGCUUGUUACUGUUUUAUUCAUUCCUGACUAACUGGAACUAGUCAACGAGACA